GAGACGGUCAUCUGCUGAUAAGCGUUCACCACUUCCUCAUCCAGCUCAUUUUACAGGAUGGACUCCAUCGUGCUUCUCUUUGCUGUUUGUCUGCUGCGUCUAUGGGAAGCACAAGGGUCCAGUGCUCUGACUUCUGUAUUUGUACAGAAGGGAAAGGAUUUACUUCUGGGGGUCACAGAAGCAGAUUUACCCACACAAAUUAAUUUUCUUUCAUGGCUAUUCAAUAGAUCAGACGUUUUAGUAACAUUUUCACCUGAUAAAGAACCGAUAAAGUACAAUGAAAGGGUUGAGGUUUUUGUGGGGAAUUACUCCAUAAAACUGAAGAAUCUACAAGAGGCAGACAGUGGAGUCUAUACUGUACGAGCGUAUGGGGCUAAAGAACACACAGAAACUCAAUACAAUGUCACAGUUCAAGAUUCAGUGUCUCCACCUCAGCUGAUCAUAGACUCUGUGCCCACAAGCUCAGGCUCCUGUAACAUCACUGUGACCUGCAGCACACAGGACUCACAUCACAUCAACAGCACUUUUACAUGUGACACACAAACCUGCAGUCAGGACAUAGGAGAGGCAUCAAAGGUCACAGCCUCUGGUGCUUCUCUCCAAGUCUACCUGUCAAGUGGAUCAAUCAUCUGUAACCACAGCAACCAGGUCAGCUGGACCACAGACAUGACCAUAAAUGUUUGCCCCCAACAACUUACAGAGCCCCCCUCCAACAUAGCUCUUACUGUUGUCACUGUGGUUCUCUGCACACUUUUCAUAGCAGCUUCCAUUGGUGCAGCUCGUCUUUAUCGUCAAAAAAGAACAAAAGAUAAAAGAGAAGAGACUGAAGAAGCAGUGUAUGCAGUUCCUGAGUUCACACCUGGAGCCAGACCUCUGCUUCAAAGUUUAACCAACGAUGCUUCAGGUCUUUCUCCAACCUCCACCUACUGCUUGGUAGGGCUUCCCACGGGAUCCAAGGGAUCUUGGGAUUUUGAGCAAUCUAACAGCUGAGACUGGAACUGGGCAAAAGAAAGCCAUGUUUUCAAAAUCCAUCGGUAACAUCAGUUACUGCAUCAGUCUGCUGUUCCUGGUCCUGCAGCUUGCUCCUACCUGCCACAGGUGGUUGUUAGUGUUUGUGCUGCUUGCUUGUGCUAAAAAAAAAAAAAAAACAACCCCUGAUCAUCUGACCUGAUCAGUGUGAUGAAUGUCCAGAUACACUAUGAUCCAUCUAUCCAACCAUCCUUCCAUGGUCUUGUCUGGAAGUUAGUCUUCUCAAACUGCUGCAUAUGUGUAGUCAAAUUGCUGAAUGUGGGUCUUCGAUUUAUAGCUAGAAACAAAAGUCCAGUUUUCAGAACUGGAUUUUUGAACAGAACAGGUGACACAGAAUGCAAAACAGCAAAUGCAUUUUCCAAAAGUUGUGAUACUUCACGUGUUUUCUGUGAAAUAUUUUCCACGUUGGACCUGCAGCGCAACCCCUGCUUCAAAGUCCAGCCAAUGAUGCUUCAGGUCUUUCUCCCUCCACCUACUGCUUGGUUGGGUUUCCCUCAUUGCCUUCUAAAUUUUUAGGUAUCAAUCCCCUGAUUGGUAUCUUUGUAAUGUUUCUUCAUCUUCAUGACUCAUGUUACGUAUUUGACAGGAAAUCAACUCAUCACCUGUUGGUCCUUGUUGUCAUUCUUACACUUAUUUGCUGUAAAUAGGCACAAAGAUUAUUAUUAAGUGUUUUUCUGAAAAAGUAACCAAAAAAAGUAAUCUAAGGUUGACAGAGGAGAGAAGUAGUUAAUGUCUGAUGAGGUCAGUCUGACUGAAACGUUCAUUUUUAAUCAUGGGAAACAUUCAACAGUGUGGAUUAUUUUUCUAUCAGAGGGUUUAGUUUUGAUUAACAGUGUUAUUCGUGUUAUUCUGAGCUGCAGUGAUGGAAUAAAAGUAAAAUCACCAGCACUGUCAAGAAUUCUGUAGGAUUAAAUAAUCUUGGUGCAAUUAAAAUGAGGCUGUAAUAUUUAUUAUGUAGUUAUUAAGUGUGAUAAACUCUUCCUCCGUUUGUUAGAAGCUGUUUAAAGGCCUGCAACAAAAAAAACAAAAAAAACAAUUCGACUCACCUAUAAAAAAACAAAUCUGAAAUUACCUGUUGCUCUUUAUUAUUUGUCACUUUAUUGUCAACUCUUUUGUCCCUGCCGAGAUCCUGUAGGAAUAAUGACUCAAUUUUUCCAGUGAUCUGGUCAGUAGUUAUGACACCAGGAGUUUCUGCAAUAGAAAUCCCUCCUGUUCAAAGUGCAUCUGUCACCAUGGUGACUGCUUGGCUGCAUCAGUCCAGUUUGCAGCUCUCUUGGGAGCAUCAUCCAAACACGCGCACGUGUGUGUGUGUCUUUAUAAGCUGUUGACCGUGUGGUUCUUGGACUGUCCAGAAUGAGUUAACAGAUGGUCAUCUGCUGUUAAGCGUUCACCACUUCCUCAUACAGCUCAUUUUACAGGAUGGACUUCAUUGUGCUUCUCUUUGCCGUUUCUCUGCUGAAUUUAUGGGAAGCACAAGGUAAAAUCAUUUUUACCACUUUUUUCUCCAAAUACUGUUUUAUUGUUAUUUUGUUGUUGUACUGAGUCACUAUUGCAGCGAUGCAAGAAAAAAAUCACAUACUGUAGCAUGUUUUGAGAAGUAGCUGAAACUCAGCAUUUGAUCAGAACUCAUUUUUGACUUUUAUAAUGUUGAGAAAUGCAUACAUUUCUCAAUAUGUGCUCAAGAUAUGCUUUUUGUCAAUUAUUUCAGGAGGGAGUUUUUUGCAGUUUAAAAAGGAAAUUAAUCUUCAGUGUAAGAGAAAUUGAAAUAUAACGGAACAUUUAAAUAAAAUUAGGACAUUCUUGUACAAGGCCCUAAUACUGUAUACUGAGACAGGAUUUAGGUUUUCUCCAAAAAAUUGUGACUGUGACCUUUUACUUGCUACAACAACCACUGCGUCAAUUCCACAUUUCCACUUUUUUAACACAAAGUGAAACCAUGUCCAGAACAAAGACAUGUUGCCUUUCAGUGUUUCAAUAAUGUGUUAUACAUCCUUUGUGAUUGAAUAACCUGUAUGUGAGUCUUUCCAUUUGCUUUGUGUGAAUGGCAACUAUCAUUAUUAUAUUGUCAAUAUUGCCAAUAGUACUGCUGUCACCAUCUUUAUCGGUAUUAUUCUCAUCAUCA